AUGAGCACCACGAAUGGGCAGGAGCGGUGGGAGAGCGAGGGUCAGCCCAGGCACAAGCCAGGGUCGGAUUUCCUGAGGGUCAGACAGUUGAGAGAUGACCUCAGCCUUCAGGCCAGGACCCCAUGGAGAUCACUCACCUAUCUCCCUAUCAAAGUAAUUCCAUCUCAAGCUUUCAGAGGACUUAAUGAGGUCGUAAAAAUUGAAAUUUCUCAGAGCGAUUCCCUGGAAAAGAUAGAAGCUAAUGCCUUUGACAACCUCCUCAAUUUGUCUGAAAUACUGAUCCAGAACACCAAAAACCUGGUACAUAUCGAGCCUGCAGCAUUUACGAAUCUUCCCCGGUUAAAAUACCUGAGCAUCUGCAACACUGGCAUUCAAAAGCUUCCAGAUGUUACAAAGAUCUUCUCCUCUGAAUUUAAUUUCAUUCUGGAAAUUUGUGAUAACUUACACAUAACCACCAUACCGGGGAACGCUUUCCAAGGGAUGAGUAACGAGUCCGUAACGCUCAAACUGUACGGAAAUGGAUUUGAAGAAAUACAAAGUCAUGCGUUCAACGGGACGACGCUGAUUUCCCUGGAGCUAAAGGAGAACGAACACCUGAAGAAGAUGCACCAUGGAGCCUUCCAGGGGGCCACGGGGCCCAGCAUCUUGGAUAUUUCUUCCACCAAACUGCAGGCCCUGCCUGGCUAUGGGCUGGAGUCCGUUCAGACGCUAAUUGCCACCUCAUCCUACUCCCUGAAAAAGUUGCCAGCAAGAGAAAAAUUUACCAAUCUCCUGGAUGCCGUAUGGACUUACCCCAGCCACUGCUGUGCUUUUAGAAACUUGCCAACAAGAGAGCAGAGUUUUUCAUUUUCCAUUUUUGAAAACUUUUCCAAACAAUGUGAAAGCACAGCAAGGAAACCAAAUAAUGAAACACUUUAUUCUGCCAUCUUUGCUGAGAGUGAACUGAGUGGCUGGGAUUAUGACUAUGGUUUCUGCUCACCCAAGACAGUCCGAUGUGCUCCUGAACCAGAUGCUUUUAAUCCCUGUGAAGAUAUCAUGGGCUAUGACUUCCUUAGGGUCCUGAUUUGGCUGAUCAAUAUCCUAGCCAUCGUGGGAAACAUGACUGUCCUCUUUGUUCUCCUGACCAGUCGUUAUAAACUGACAGUGCCCCGUUUUCUCAUGUGCAAUCUCUCCUUUGCAGACUUUUGCAUGGGGCUCUAUCUGCUGCUCAUUGCCUCCGUCGAUUUCCAAACCAAAGGCCAGUAUUAUAACCAUGCCAUAGACUGGCAGACGGGAAGUGGGUGUAGCGCUGCCGGCUUUUUCACUGUAUUUGCAAGUGAACUUUCUGUCUACACCCUCACAGUCAUCACACUAGAAAGAUGGCACACCAUCACCUAUGCUGUUCAGCUGGACCAAAAGCUACGAUUAAGGCACGCCAUUCCGAUUAUGCUUGGAGGAUGGCUCUUUUCUACGCUAAUUGCCAUGUUGCCCCUUGUGGGUGUCAGCAGUUACAUGAAGGUCAGCAUUUGCCUCCCCAUGGAUGUGGAAACCACUGUCUCACAAGUCUACAUAUUAACCAUUCUGAUACUCAAUGUGGUGGCCUUCAUCAUCAUUUGUGCUUGCUACAUUAAAAUUUAUUUUGCAGUUCAAAAUCCAGAGCUGAAGGCUACCAACAAAGACACAAGGAUUGCUAAGAAAAUGGCAGUCCUCAUCUUCACCGACUUCACCUGCAUGGCACCUAUCUCUUUUUUUGCCAUCUCAGCUGCCUUCAAAGUGCCCCUUAUCACAGUAACCAACUCAAAAGUUUUACUGGUGUUUUUUUAUCCGGUCAAUUCUUGUGCCAAUCCAUUUCUGUACGCGAUUUUCACAAAGGCAUUCCAAAGGGAUUUCUUUCUGUUGCUGAGCAAAUUUGGCUGCUGUAAACGUCGGGCUGAACUUUUUAGAAGGAAAGAUUUUUCAGCUUAUACAUCCAACUGCAAAAAUGGCUUCACUGGCCCAAAUAAGCCUUCCCAGGCCACUCUGAAGCUGACCACGUUGCACUGUCAAUAUACAGUUGACAAAACUUGCUGUAAAGAGUGAACUGUUCCAUCAGUAACCACAUUACUGAACUAUACUUAAAUAUGUAAAAAAUUAUCUGUACCGGUAAUUUUAAGAAUUGCUUUUAGGAAGUUAUUUAUCCUGAGGCACAUUAAGCAAAGGGAGAGCUAUACCUAGCUCAAAGGAUGGUCCACAGCCAUUGCCAGUCUAAAAACUAUCUGUCAUUGGUACAUGAUGACAUACAACACAGAAGUUGAGAGUACUUAGAAACUUUUCAGCAAUUUUGACAGUAAUUUUAUGUCUGUUGAAUGUACUACUUAAAAAAUGAGGUGGCAUUUUACGUCUGAUUUUCUUCUCAUUUCAUCUUUGUGGUAAUUUUCAUUGCAUUUUACAAAAAUAGUCCAAAACAGAUUUGAAAUUUAAAAUAACUCACCCUUUUCCUCAGAUAGUUUGAGAAACACUCUAGAGAUGCACUGUCCAAUCCAGCAGCCACUAGCCACAUGGAGCUAAAUUCAAAUUAGAUGAAAACUGCAGUUCCUCAGUUGCAUUGGCCACAUUUCAAAUGCUCAGCAGCCACAGGUGCCCAGUGGUUACCAUACUGGACAACACAGACACAGAAUACUUUCAUCACCACAGAAAGUUCUUUUCAAUGGUGCUUUAUAGAGGCUUUUAUUCAUCCCCUGUCUAGGUUCUGUUAUUUAAAUUUUAAGGUAAACACCUAAAGGCACUUUUCAGCCUAUUUUCUUGGUUCAGUGCUUAGUCUCUGAAGACCAAUGAAACAUUAAAUAGUAGAAUGUCAAUUCCUUAUGGGUAGGACCCCGAUCUCAGUGUUGCUGUCCUGUCUCUUAGCUCAGGAUCUUGGCAAUAGUAUGCAAUAAAUAUGCUAAAUUACACUGAAGUUAUGAAAUCUAUAAGGAAAAAAAAAUUGUU